UAGAAAACCAGUCAUUUACUUCAUUGCAAUAAUGUCACUAAUACUCGACGAGCCUAAAGAUAUCCCCUCUUCUUCUAUUCCAGGUAGCCCGGCGUCUUCAUUCAUAGACUCGAGCCAUUCUCCUAUAGACAGCCCUCGCCUUUUAUUGGUACAGACCCUCAUCAAGUCUCCUCUUAACAGGCUCUACCAUUUCUAUCAAAGCAUGGCCGAGAACAAAGGAGAAACCGAAGUCCCCACCACUUCAACAAGUAGUACGUCCCCACCUACUUCCAUUAAAUCUCAAGAAGCAACUAACACAGCCUCCUCGACUAGGAGACUCCACCCUCAAGCCGAGGACUAUCGUAGCUCCUUAAUGGCUGGCACUGCCUCUGUUAUAUUAAAGAAAGAGAACGGGACGGAUAAUGCUGUCUUGUUUAGCGAUCUCCCUGUGGGUGUGGUGAUUCACAUAGCUGCUUAUCUUGACGUGAGGUCCCUCUGUCAUCUUCAGCAGACCUGUCAGAGGAUGUAUACGCUGACGAGUGACGAGCUCCUCUGGCGACGCAAGUUGUGGGAGGACAGUAGACAGUGGGAGGUGGUGAGCCACCUGUCUCAUCCUAAAGUGUACCAGGAGGUCUCUUCUGAUAGAUCUGCUCAAGCAAUCUACGAGAGUUGUUUUACCAACCGUGAUUCAGUCCCAUACCAGCCGUUCACUCAGAGACUCCAGUCUUUCGUGCGUCGUCUUCAAGGACACAUUCCAAGGCUCCUCAUGUUUGGGAGUGGACUUGAGACAGUACCAUUAGUGAAGAGAAUGAUCCUUGACUCUAACUCUCCUUACAAACCUAUUGGACUUGUCCCUGGGAAAGAUGGUGCUGGUUCUGGUAUUAGUAUAAAACAUAAUAAUGCCACAGUCAAUCUGAUCACACUCUACACAGCAACAAAAGCUGAGAGGCUAGCAGCAUCAGCUGGUACAGGCCAGAGGAUCAAUAAACUCAUAUCAGGAUCGGCUAGCAAAGACAGAGGAGGAGCGGGAGAUGAAGGAGUAGCAGAGCCAAUAUUGACACUGGCAGUGCAGGAGCAGUGUCAGAUGGCAGAUGGAUUCAUACUAGCUGUUGAUGCUACUAAUCUCAAUGAAGAAAUAUUAGAAUCAGAUAUUGAGACGUUAACUGCCAUGCUUCUAGCCAGUCACAAUCAGCGUAUUCCUCUGUUAGUAUUGUCCUGCUUGUUUCAGACUGACGAUCAACAACCAUCACUUCCUUCACUUGAUGUAGCUGAUAAACUGAAACUGAUUGACAUUAGUAAUCCAUGGCAGGUUAGAAGUCUUAAUGUCAAUACUUUUGAAGGCUUGUCAACUGGCCUGGAUUGGCUGUUAACUGCCGCUGCUAGUAAAUAAGAAUUACAAAUAUAUUUUUAUUCGAGAUUAUAAUAAUUUUUUUAUUCAAAAGAACAAAUAAUUAUAUUACAAAGUGAUUUAAUAAUAAUUAUUAAAUAAUAAUAACAAUUAUUAAUAUGACACAGUUUUAAAGCUUAAAA